UUUGGAUCCAAUGCCAACGAGGUUUAUCAAACGAGCAUUCCAAUACUAUAAUUUUAAAAUGUUUACUCGAUAUAAAUGAACUGCAGGUCUGCAACAACAGCAACAACAACAACAACAAAAGGGAAAAUAAAAUAAUGAUUGAAAAGAAAUAUCAUCACGCAAAACCUUAAAAGUACUAUCGAUGUCGUGUCCUCCUCCUCUUCAUCUACAACAAAUAGUUCCCACAGUUUUCACAUCAAUAUUUAAACAUUUUCACAAUUUUUUUUUACACACUCUCUCUUCCUCUCUCCUUCGUAUAAUACUAUAUUAGUACUGCUGUUAAAAAAAUACUAUAUUAGUACCAUUACCCAUCUUUCUUUCACCACCAAACCUCUGCACAUCCUCUCUACUCUCUCUCACCCUCUAGCAAAAAAGAUGUCAGGCAACUGUUACCCAAGAGAAAUCCACCACACCACUCCCUCGUUGCACCAUCGCCAAAACGACGCCGUCGUUGAUAGAGAGUAUUUGUUCGAGAAAUCACUAACACCAAGCGAUGUUGGAAAGCUAAACCGUUUAGUCAUACCGAAGCAACACGCUGAGAAACACUUCCCUCUAAAUAAUGCCAGCGAUGACGUGGCGGCGGCAGAGACGACGGAGAAAGGGAUGCUUCUUAGCUUCGAGGACGAGUCGGGAAAGUGUUGGAAAUUCAGAUACUCGUAUUGGAACAGUAGCCAAAGCUACGUGUUGACCAAAGGAUGGAGCAGGUACGUCAAAGACAAGCACCUCCACGCAGGGGACGUUGUUUUCUUUCAGCGGCACCGUUUUGAUCUACAUAGAGUCUUCAUUGGUUGGCGAAAACGCGGCGAGGUUUCGUCCCCUUCCACCGUCUCCGUCGUGUCUCAAGAUGCUCGAGUUAACACGACGACAUACUGGAGCAACGGCUUGACUACACCUUACCGUCAAGUACACGCGUCAACGAGCUCUUACCCUAACAUUCACCAAGAGUAUUCACACUAUGGCGCCGUCGCUGAGACACCGACGGUAGUUGCAGGGAGCUCGAGGACGGUGAGGCUAUUUGGAGUUAACCUCGAAUGUCACGGUGACGUUGCCGAGCCACCACCGUGCCCCGACGGCUACAAUGGCCAACAGUUUUACUAUUACUCAACUCCUCAUCCCAUGAGAAAGUGCGAAAGGAAUAUCUGAAUCCCUUCUACAAGAUAUUCUGACAAAACGAGACGGUCCCAAUUGUUUCUUUUCCUUUACGUUUGCCAUUUUAAAUUGCAAAUGUGAACGCAAACGAAACGAUCAGGACUUUGGUAUUCUAGGAGUAUUUUCUAGUUCGUUUUUAAAGUUCAGAUGUUCUCGUCUCCUCUCUUUGGUUCCUUUAGUGCUCUCCAAGAGUUGAUCUCAACUUCUCAUCCACACCAUAACAAAGAAGUGUGUUUUAAUUUCUUUCUCUGGGCUGGGCUUUAAAGCCUUUUGAGUUUUCGCUCUGGAUCCAAAUACUAAAGUUUUGGGAAAUUAA